UAAUAAUUAGUAUUGUGCCUGUAGGCGACGGUACAGCGUGUACAUAUAUCACUGGCAUGCGACUUCUAUUGUACGUAUAGAUAACGACUAGGGCAUAAUCAUUUUAGGAACGUUUUGGUUCUGGCUGCGGUCAGUGUAGUGCUGAAGCGCGAUAUGUCGGAUUUAUUGCUCAGCCAAUCUGGGUCCACGGUCUUGGAGAGUGAUUUAAAAAUAAACGUCUGCAGUUGUGCAAACAGUGCGUUCUGAAUGAUUCACCGUCCAUUCCGGUCAAUUUCAAAGCAUAAUAAAUCAACAGUCGGGCUAAUAAAAUACCUGUAAAACCAGUGUUAUCUAAUACGCGAGGUAAAGCGCAAAUAUAAUUUUUCUUUCAAACGUAAGUUUAGCGAAGACUAGAAUGUUUGCCGAGUGGCUGAUCGCGGCUGGUAUUCGUAUAAUUUAUAAGUGAAAAUUAAUCUUUUCUGUUAAACAGCUCAAAGAUUUGUUAUAAGAAUGUGCAGAAUCUGAGCCGUGCGAGUAUAUGUACGUCCUUCAUUAAGACUUUCGAAUUCCUUGUUCUUGUCGCUCACUGACUGAUAUUCGUUAAAUUGAAAGCACACGCAUACCUGACUACAAGUCUUGCCCAUUCGCUCUUGGCCUGUCGCGGCAUAAAGUUUGCAAGGCGAAGAGCAUUCCAAGUCACACCUUACGGACACACGAAGAACGUGUCUCGAUAAUAUUAUACGAGCCUCAACUUUCAUCCGAAACCUGCGGGAUCGUCGUAAAACUGGUUUUACCUGAAAGUCGGGCUUCGCCGCUCUUAAUACGGUUAUCUUUAAUAGUAUCGUUGCAAUUCCGACGAUAUUGCAGAGAUUCGUAAGAUAGCCGUCCGCUCGUAUUACCCCUGACAGCGGAUAUAUCUUUGGCUGCGCACGCGGAUACGUGCUAUUGAACAAUACGAUAAUGGAAUUGCGCAGCAAUCAGAGGAGUAUGCCACCUGUGAAAAGCUCAACAGCCACCAACCAUGGAUACGAAACUACCUUCGAAGAAACCACCAAACCAGUCAGUAACGAUGAGUACGGAGAGUUUCAAUCGAAGGAUCCGAUUAUGGUCGUUUCCACGCACAAAGGGAAUAAUGCUUCAGGCGGCGGAGCGAUUCCUCAGAGCGUCAAGGUCGACCAUCCAACCUCUUACAUAGGGACGCUGAUGCAUCUAUUCAAAGGUAACGUCGGUGCUGGAAUGUUCGCCCUUGGAGAUGCCUAUAAAAAUGCCGGUCUGAUACUGGCACCACCGUUGACCAUAAUCCUUGGCGUUAUAUGUGUCCAUGCUCAACACAUCUUGCUUCGUUGCAGCGAAGAAAUGUCUAGGCGGCUCGGGAACGAUGCUGUGCAAAAUCCGGGCUUUGCCGGAACCGUGGAACUAUGUUUCGCUACAGGGCCGCUCAAGUUGCGGAAAUAUUCCACCACAAUGAGAAAGUUGGUCAACUUAUUCCUGUGUACGACGCAACUAGGAUUUUGUUGCGUUUACUUUGUAUUCAUUUCUUCAAACGUGAAACAGGUGAUGGACGUACACGGACUAGAAUGGGACGUGCAUGUGCACAUGGCUGUGGUGCUUAUUCCAAUACUUCUCACUACUUGGGUGCGGAAUCUAGAAUACAUGAUCCCGAUAUCCUCGGUUGCGAAUUUCCUUAUGGUGGGAGGAUACGCUUGCACGAUCUACCUUUUAUCGUACGACUUGCCAUCGAUUACACGGGAACGUAAAUACAUCGCAUCUUGGAAUACACUUCCGUUGUUCUUUAGCACGGUUAUCUACUCUUUCGAAGGUAUCAGUCUGGUAUUGCCUUUGAAGAAUGAGAUGAAGAAGCCUCGCAACUUUGACAAACCCCUGGGUGUAUUGAACGUAGGGAUGGUUCUAGUGUCAGUCAUGUUUGUUUCGACAGGUUUUCUAGCUUAUCUCAAGUAUGGUGAUCUUGUUGAAGGAUCCGUGACCCUAAAUCUUGACAAAAAGCAAAUAUUAUCGCAGUGCAUUAAAAUAGCCAUCUGCUUAGGAAUACUGUUCUCAUAUGCCCUACAAUUUUACGUGCCUGUUGAAAUUAUGUGGCCGUUGAUAAUUAAUAAAUUUGGGCCUUUUCGAAGUCCUGCUGUUGCUGAGAUUGCCUUUCGGUCAGCUCUCUGCAUUUUUACAUUCGCCCUGGCAGCGGCUAUCCCCCGACUCGACCUAGUCAUAUCUUUGGUGGGUGCUGUAAGUAGUACCGCGUUGGCGUUACUAUUUCCUCCGAUCAUCGAGAUGGUAGUAGGCUGGCAGGACUCGACCCUUAGCAUCUGUACCUUUGCCAAGGAUAUCCUGAUUAUAGUAAUAGGGUUGUCGAUAAUCAUUUGAGAAACUGUGAACUCGGAAGUACCUUUCGUCUCAUCUAUUUGUGUGGAAACCUGCAAGUUACCGUCUCCCUGCCAUUGGUUUAAAGCAAGUCGCUUCUGAAUACGAGAACAUUUUGAACAAUGAUGAUUGCGCUUUGCCCAACAAGCACGGUGAUAGACCGUCGAACACUCAGGACAUGAAAACGAACCAGCAUCCCAAGGAUAUAUCACCUCAUCAUUACCGCAUAACUCGCACAAAUGCCCCCUGUGGUGUAAAAUAAAUAAUGAAAGAUGACAGCAUAGUGCAAUAAAUUGAUGUUAAAUAUUAUCGGAAAGAUACGUUUUGAGAAUUGGAUACGUAUUGAUUAAAUAUGUUAAAUACUCUGGCAAAUGCAUUUUUACUAACCUUGCUCUACACAAAUCACAGUUUUCUGCGACAUGUUUACGCAUAGCAUCAUGCGCAGCUCGAAUUUCCUCUAUAAGCGUUCCAUUCUGAAGAUCGAUCAAAUCUUUGAUUGCGUAGCUGCCGGAAUUUUCUACCAUAUGUGACCGCAAGCCAGCACGCCAUGGCAAUCCUUCGUUAUCU